AUGGAAUACAGGAAAAUCAAAGGCGAGGAUGAAGUUAGGGAUGAAGCCGUUGAAGAUGUUGAAAAAUCAUUUUUGCUUUCAGCCAUUCUAAUAGUUUGGUCCAAGAGAGCUGGCAAGUAUGAGUAUAGUGUCACUACUGCUAACUUUAUGGUGAGGAUAUUCAACAUCCUCGUGGAGACUUUAAAAUGUGCUAUAUCCCUGGUGGCCUUGGGAAGAAUAUGGAAAAAAGAUGGUGUCAAUGAGGACAACAGGUUGACUACAACCUUGGAUGAAGUCAUUGUGUAUCCUAUACCAGCAGCACUUUACCUUGUAAAAAAUUUGCUUCAGUAUUACAUCUUUGCAUAUGUAGAUGCCCCAGGCUAUCAAAUAUUAAAGAACUUAAAUAUUAUCAGUACAGGUGUCCUAUACAGAAUUAUACUUAAGAAAAGGUUAAGUGAGAUUCAGUGGGCUGCUUUUGUUCUACUCACUGCUGGGUGCACUACUGCUCAGUUGAAUUCAAAGGGCAUUCUCUCUUUGGGAUACUUACCCCUCGUCUCUAUCAUUUCAUGGUGGAAAGCAGUAAAAAGGUUGGGUGAUGGCAAUCGUGAGUUGUUAACAUUUGUGGUCAUGGCUCUCCUGAGUGGUUUUGCAGGAGUAUAUACUGAGGCUAUUAUUAAAAAGCGUCCUUCACGGAACAUAAAUGUUCAGAACUUCUGGUUGUAUGUCUUUGGCAUGUGCUUCAAUGCUGUUGCAAUGUUGGUUCAAGACUUUGAUGCAGUGAUGAACAAGGGAUUCUUCCAUGGAUAUUCAUUCAUUACAGUUCUCAUGAUUUUCAACCAUGCACUCAGUGGAAUUGCUGUGUCAAUGGUAAUGAAGUAUGCUGACAACAUUGUUAAAGUAAGACUAGACUUGGGUUUAUGA